AUGACAAACAUCUCCAGUUUUACCGUGCCUCCUCACCUCGCCGAGUACAACGCCCCUCUGGCCGAAUUCACCGCGUCCAAACCUCAUUUCACAGACUUUGUGGUCAGCGGACUGGUCUUCUCACAGUCCUAUCCCGACUCCAUUCCCAAAGACACAAGUCGCCCUCGCAUUCUUCUUCUCCAGCGCGCUGAAACUGACUCAUAUCCCGGGUACUGGGAAGGACCCGGCGGGAUGUGCGAGCGCACCGACGCCACGCUCUUGACAGGCGUAGCGCGCGAAGUCCUCGAGGAGAGCGGGCUCCAUGUUUCGAGAUUCGUGGACUUGGUUGCAGUGGAUGAGUGGGAGCGAGUCCUGCACGACGAGGUGCACCGUGUGGCCAAGUUUACGUUCCUGGUGGAGGUGCACGAGGCGGAUCCAGCCACUGGCAGCGUGCCGUCCGCGGACGUUGAGGUCGGUGUUGCGCCUGAGCGCUGGGAGGAUGGGGUGAAGCUGGAGCAGACGGAGCACCAGGCGUUUGUGUGGGCGACGGAGGAGGAAGUCCGUGCGAGUGCGGAGGGAGAGGGCAAGUACAAGUUCAUGGGGAACCAGGGGCGGAAUCUGUUGAAAGCGUUUGAGAUGUCGGGGAAACCGUCUUUUGUGUGA